AGAAAGAGAGUAGCGGCGGUCAAGGGGCCGUCUCUCCGCCGCUGCGUCGGCACUCGCGAUAACUUGGCUGUCGCGAUCCCGCCGCGAAACCUGUAACACGUCGCACGCACCGCGGUCAACCGACAGACGCGAGUUUUGUUGCACUUGGGGGUAUCAACGAAUUGCAACGAACCAGCCGACUACCCGAUUCGUCUGGCCCAGCCACCGCUGCGUGUCUUAAUCUCAACCCCAUAAUAAUUCAUGAUAUACCCUCACUGUAUUUACGUGUAUACGUCGCGUUAAACCUGCGCAGAUAUCGCCUCGUGCGGAGAUAAACAUAUAAAAUAAAUCUUAAAUUUCCAAACUCAUUAAUUGAUAAUCGACUCUUUUCUUGUUCUACCACCGUAAUUGAAAACAAAAGAAAAAAAAACAACAAAAUAAAACAAUAAACAAACUGUAUUUCUAGAAUUAAUGUUAUAGAUUAUCACAAUUCUAGUAUAACGGCACACAGCUAAUUAUCUAUCGUUAGUUAUGAAGCUUGUAAAAAUGGGAACAAACGUCUGUAAGAAGCGAGUACUUAACCAAGCAUACUAAUAACGUCUACAAACUUACGUUAAUACGAUAUAUGUAUAUACAUAUAAUAUAAUACCACACACAUUGAUGUGUGUACGAUCAUCGACGAUUGACAAUCAAAUUCUUUCCUCUUCAUAUAUACAAAAACCAAAUGUAUACAAAUACAUAAAUUAAUGAUAAAUUUUUUGACAGACUUUUUUAACGUCAUAUUUCGGUAUAUUUUUGUUCGAACUUUAAAUUUGUCUACUUCCUCAUCGUCUUUGGGUAUAAUAAAUGGUGAUUAUGAACUACUGAAGGCCGUGCGAUAAACGUAUAUAAUCGUAACAGUUUUACCGAUUAAAGUACGCAACGGAAAAGGGAAAAAAUCACGAGUUGAUAAGGGAUAGCUUUGGAUCGUUUUAUUUAAUUUCGUUGCUCGGUUUCUAUGUUAUUCGAUAUGCACAAAACUUCUUCGGAGCAAAAAUUAUUUUCAUGUAAUAAGCCUUACAAUGUUGGUAAUAAGUAAAAUAAUGAAUAAUCAUUGAGAGGUAUUGAAGAAAAUUAAUUAAACUGUGUAUAUUAUACUUGGGAACGCGGUUCAAUAACUAAAAUGAUUAAUAAUAAUUAAUGGUAAUAUUGAUAGUAACGACGAAUGUAAGCAUUCCACUCGACAAUCACUUGAAGGGUCUUUACAUCUAAUAUAGGUAUAUCUAUAAUAAUAACAGAGUAAUAAUAAUUAUAAUUGCAAUAAUAAUAAGUCGAAUUUAUGCUGCGCGUGUCCAAAAAUAAAUUGAACUUAAAACGCGGAACAUUAAUCAAUGAAAGCCGAAAAAAUAUUUGUAACUUGUAAUCCAGGAGUGUAAUAAUAACGAUAAACAUACUAGAACACAUAUUUCAUAAAUUUUGACAACGAGCAUUCCGAAUAAGACUCGGCUCUUAUAUGGCUGGCAUAUUUGACGAGAUUGAACUGACCGAUCUGACGUUCGCGGAAUGCAGCAUUAAGAACGCGAACCACAGUUUUCAGGUGAUCACACCGUUCAGAUCCUUGGUUCUCUGUGGCGAGAGCAGACGAGAGAUGGAGGAGUGGUUGAGCGCUCUGCGAGCAGCUGGCGAGGGCAGAUCGCAGAGCGGUGAGCCGGGUCCUGCCGAAUUGCUGGGAGGGAAUCACCAUUGGUACGCAACCAGUCACGCAAGACCGACGUACUGCAACGUCUGCAGAGAUGCACUCUACGGCGUCACGUCACACGGUCUCAGCUGUGAAGUGUGUAAGUGCAAGGUGCACAAGAGAUGCGCGGCAAAAGCGAUCAACAACUGCAAAUGGACGACACUCGCUUCCAUUGGAAAAGAUAUUAUCGAGGAUGAGGAUGGGAAUAUCACAAUGCCUCAUCAGUGGAUGGAGGGAAACCUACCUGUUUCGUCGAAGUGUUUUGUGUGCGAUAAGACCUGUGGCUCAGUUCUCAGGCUUCAAGACUGGCGAUGUCUCUGGUGCAGAGCAACGGUCCACACUGCCUGUCGACCCGCCAUUUCUAUACGAUGUCCGCUGGGGCCUGCCAAAGUCAGUGUCGUGCCGCCGACGUCACUGCACAGCAUUGGAAGCGACGAAGCUUGGGAGGCGGUGAGACCAACAGGCUGCAGUCCGCUCCUCGUUUUUGUGAACAGUAAAUCUGGUGACAAUCAGGGAGUGAAGUUUCUCCGGAGGUUCAAGCAGCUGCUCAACCCGGCGCAAGUCUUUGAUCUCAUCAAUGGUGGACCUGGACUUGGGCUGAGGCUCUUUCGACACUUCGAUCCAUUCCGAAUCCUCGUCUGCAGCGGCGAUGGUUCGGUGGGUUGGGUUCUAUCCGAAAUUGAUCGCUUAGGGAUGCACCCGAAACAAUGUCAGGUUGGCGUUCUCCCUUUGGGCACCGGCAACGAUUUGGCGCGAGUGCUGGGCUGGGGGGCGUCAUGCGACGAUGAUACACACCUACCCCAGCUGCUGGAGAAGUACGAAAAAGCAAGUACCAAGAUGCUCGAUCGUUGGAGUAUAAUGACUUUUGAGCGAAGCAUCUCGUUGCCGGGGCCAAAGAUGUCGCCGAGUCCGACGGACCUGGCACUGAACACGACCAUCGCCCAGCAGUACGAAGACAGUGUCAUCACCCACAUAACGAACAUCCUUCAGUCUGAUCAGGACAACGUCGUUUUAUCAAGUGCAAAGGUUCUGUGCGAAACGGUGAAGGAUUUCGUGGUGCGAAUAUCGGAGGCCAGUCAGAACACAGGAGACCAGCAGCUGGGCGAGAAGUGCAACAUACUCCAGCAGAAACUCGAUCUCCUGCUGCAGACGUUGGACAAGGAGGAAAGUUACUUUUCUGAUAACAACGAAGAUGACGCUGCGUCCCAGGUGACUCUGACAUUGCAGAGCCCACUGCCUGUUGACGGCCAGGAGAAAGGAGCUUUGGAGAAGCCUGAAAAGGAUAUCACCAAUUUGAAAAGGAUCAGGAAGCGGAGACGGUUCAUCGAGCGAGAGACCGUUACGUCCAGAGCGAACAGCCUGAAGCGAGCUGUAAGACGGUUGGUCGAGCAUACGGAGCUUGUCGUAGACGAGCAGAACAGUUCGUCAUCGGACCAUCUGGCAAGCAAAACCCCUAACAUAACGAUAACAUACGAUGACACGUCAGCAGUAGAUGAAAAACGAGAGAAACGAGACCAACUCGAUAUUCCUGGACUUCGACCUAACAACGUCGAACUUCUCAGUGUCAUGCCAACCAUCGACUCUGCCAGCAGCACUGAACCGUCUCCCUGCGCGAGCCCAACGCCCAAUCUCAUCUCGCUCAGCCCGAUGCCAGAUCUGAGACGGGACUCUCAGGCCGAGGAAAUGCUUACAUUGCCUGCGCCGGACGGCUUUGCUGACAGCAGGAGAAACAGCUCAAACUUACCUCAGGGCGUGUUCAGCUUCGAAGUGCCGAGUAUAGACGUAACAGCGAUGAAUCUGCAAACAAACGAUGCAGAGCGUGGAUCCAAUGGGGACGAAGUUGGACAGCCUGAGACCCCGUCCGACAUCCAAGUGACGGUCACAAGCACAACGCUCGAUACGAGCUCACCAUCGGACGACACGACGAUACAGGACACGAUGAUAUCGCCGGACACAGACUCGCCGAACUCGAGAAAUGCAUCGCCCGAUGAAGGUGUCAAUCUCAGGAAAUUCGAUCGCGAGGGGAAAGUCGACGGGUCGAGAAGCAGCUUCAGCUGCAGCAACAGCAUUGUCAGUUCAGACAGUAUGAUGCUGGAUAGCUCGACGACAAUGGACUCAAGGAACCUGACUGUUAAGAACAGCGAGAGCGAAAUCGGACACAUAGACAGCGACAUUCUCGACACAACGAAACAUUCGGACAGUCCAGAGAUGGGGCAUAUCGACUCGCCUGACAACUCCGACACCUGUCACAGCGAAGGGCAGAACUCAGAGAGCAUCAUCGACGAUCUCAGCUCCCUCGGACAGGAUCUUAUCAGCGCGAUGAUUGGAGAGAAGUACGACUCGGUCAGAGACUGUCUCAAGUCCGAGCAGCCCGAAAAACCACAGAAGUUCUGUAGUCUCGCGCAGUUCGUCGAGGGCAAUGACAUUGCCAGGCGAUCCUUCAAGAAACCGACACGGAACGUGAGAAAAGUCGACAAAGAGGUAUUGUUCAAACUCCAGAUAGCGGCUUCUUCUACCGAUCUGACUGAGGAUGCGUACGCCACAGGGAACGAAAACAACCCGAUGGAACUGACAACAGGGUUGAAAAACCCUGAGGAGGACAGAAUCGCGGAUCUGCUGAGCCCUGUCUGCUGUUUCACCGUCGCCUCUGACGCGACACCGAUUAGCGAAAAAUCGCCGUCCUCGUUCCCGCCUGUUAUUAGUGUGAUUGUCGACCCGCCGAGUCCGUCAAUGUCGAUAGAUCAUCACCAGGAACUCAACGCCUCGUGCAAAAUCGACCCUCUAUAUCGACGCUAUAGUGGAGGCAGCAUGGAAAAACUGAGUGUCGAACUGCCAGGCCUUGGAUGCUCGCCGCAGGCGACGAGGCGCAUAAGCAGUGGGAGUCUCCUCAAGGCCUCAGAAGUCGUUUCACUGGCCGCAAACGCUGCCAGGUUCGGCGGUUCCAGUCUCAGUCUAAGACACGAGCGUGCCAAGUCCGUCGACAAAAGCAGCGAGGACUCCAAAAAACUACCGAUCAUAAAUCCCCUGGUUCAGCUACCGAUGUGGCCGAAUGUCAGCAGAGGUGCCGGACUGAUCAGCCAAGCGCUUCUCGCCAAUGCAGACGCACUUUGCGCCGCUGUUUCCCCUCUCAUGGAUCCGGACGAGACUUUGCUGGAAGGCUACUAUGAGCGCUGUGUGAUGAACAACUACUUCGGCAUUGGUAUAGACGCUAAAAUAAGUCUAGACUUUCACCACAAGCGUGAGGAACAUCCCGAGAAGUGUAGAUCUCGCGCAAAGAACUACAUGUGGUAUGGCGUUCUCGGAUCUAAACAGUGGCUGCAGAAGACUUACAAGAAUCUCGAGCAGCGUGUGCAGCUCGAAUGCGACGGGCAGAGAAUACCACUUCCCUCGCUGCAAGGCAUCGUAGUUCUAAACAUACCGAGUUUUAUGGGAGGGACGAAUUUCUGGGGUGGUACCAAGGAGGGUGAUCUUUUCCUGGCACCGUCCUUUGAUGACAGGAUACUCGAGGUCGUCGCUGUCUUCGGAUCCGUACAAAUGGCUGCCUCACGUCUGAUCAAUCUACAGCAUCACAGGAUAGCGCAGUGUCAGACAGUUCAGAUAAACAUACUCGGCGAGGAAGGAGUGCCGAUUCAAGUCGACGGCGAGGCCUGGAUUCAGCCACCGGGAAUGAUCAGGAUAAUACACAAAAAUCGGAUGCAAAUGCUGUACAGAAACAGAGCACUAGAAACGUCUUUGCGAACCUGGGAGGAGAAGCAGCGAAGCUCAACCUCGACAUCGACAUCGCAGUCGACGUCGACUUUGUCGGGCGGUUCACAAACUCCGUCGUCGCAGGUGGACGCCAAGCCGUCGAACCUAAACGAGGAGGAAAUGGGCGUGCUGCUGUCGUUUAUUGAGACAGUGACGACCCUUGUCAAAUGGGUCAAGCUCCUCAUCAUCUCGCAUCCCAGUCUCGAGCCGGACUUGUAUCAAGUAGCGGCAAGGACGGCGCUCAGUUUGGAAAACGUUCAUCCUGGCGGAAAGAUUAUCCAAGGGCCAGACUUGAGGCCCGUCGUCACGGAGCUCGUUUCUAGCGCUCGACAGCUUUACGAAGACUCUUGUGAGCUGCUCAGGGACAAAGCGCAUAAUUUGAGACUGAGAGAAGACUUGGAGAGCAAAUUGUCUGCUUCAUUGGCUGGCAUGGAACAAGAACUGAGGAAAUGUGUCUUUGACGAAUCUGGCACAGGUCUCGUGUACCUUCAUCAUCUGCAGGCUGACGAACAGGGUGAUAAAAAGAAUCGUCACCGAGGAUUGUUCUGGUUAAAGUUUCGCCGGACAGGAUGGGGUUCGGGAAAUCAUCCCGGCGGGUCGGCGCUGGCUCGCGAUCAAGCGACAACUUGGAACGUGCCCGAGGUUUGCUCGUGGCUGGAGAGUCUUCAGCUUGGCGAAUAUGCUGAGAAUUUCAUGUCGCACGACAUCAGAGGUAAGGAAUUGCUCACCUUGGCCAGAAGGGAUCUCAAAGAGCUCGGCAUUACCAAAGUCGGACACGUCAAGCGAAUUCUACAGGCCAUCAACGACCUUAAUAAUUAGUAGAUUUCGGUAUUGUCGUCGUCGUCGUCAUACUCGAUUUGUCUCGUACUUGGCGAUCGAAUCAGGAAUUAACGAAUAAACUGAGGAUCUCUUAGUUGGAGUGGAAACAUUCAUUACGAUUGUGACGAAAUUCGAAGUGUUAAAUCGAGAAAAAGAGGAACUUGCAAUCAUGAAAACAAAAUACCAAAGAUAAGAUGAUGGAAAAGAUGAGACAAAGAAGUAGAAAAAGGAAACCGCUACUUUUCUUUCUAAUAAAUGGGAAAUAUUAUUAGUAUUUUCCAACGUGGGAACCAAAGAAACAAAAAAUGGAACGGAGCCAAAAAAAAACCGACAGGUAUUUAUUUCAAGCACUAUAUAUUUAAGCUAAUAUAUAAUAAUGAUUAUAAUCAUAGUCAAAGAAGGAAAGGAUAAAGGGAAAUUCGUAUGCCUAUGAUCUUGAACUCUCUUCUUCGAUAAUGAUUUACAUAUUUUACCUCGCUUACCAUUACUAUUAAGUUCAAUCAAUAACGACGACGACGACAAAAGUGAGUACGGCAUUUAAGCGUGAAAAUGAAGAGAAAAAAAGACAUUGUUGAUCGAACAAUUCACUUUUCCACACUUUGCCGUGUGACACUAUCUUUUUUAUUUUGCAACUACAAUGGAAAAAAUUUGCAAAAACCGUACAAAAGAUAUAAGAAAGUUCUUUAGAGCAAUUCCUGCUGGAAUCUGGCAAUGAAGAAGUCGAAGACAAACGCAUUGUUCCCUUCGAGUAAAAAUCGUAUUUGCGGAGAAGAAGAAAGAUUGAAGAAGAAGAAGAAGAUGAUGAUAAAAAUACAAAAAAACUUCUAUCAUACAGAUUUAAAUAAAUAUAAUAUUAGAAUAAGUGUGUGCAAUCUCAAUUUAUGAAGAUGAUAAAAUACGCGUCGAAACGGUAGUAACAAAAAAAAAAAAUUAACAUUGAUCUCAUUCUCUAUUUAUAAUAAUAAAUAUAUAUACGUAUAAUAAUCAGACAAACGAAUCUCUUUCGAUAUCGAUAUCAUUCUUCCACCCGCGAUAUUGUUUUCUCUUUAUAUUUCGUUUCUCUAUUGAAUAUGAGAUAACGCGUACCAAUAUCACAGUAUUUAAAGCUCACAAAAGGUAUCGUAAAAACUGAGAGACGACGAAGUGUGAGACAGCGAUAAUGAGAAAGCAAAAAACUAAUCAUAAAGUAAAUUAAUAUUACGUAAUGUACGCUAAACCUUGAAUCUUCCCGACUUCUACAAUGUUAUAUAGAUAAAAUGUAAUAUUUACAAACCUAUACCUACAUUGUAAACUGUUUUUAAUUGCUACAGAGUGCGAGGAAUUUGUAGCGAGUAGCUACGAAUACCUGCACACACGCGUACCAGUCCCUUCGACGGUAUCGAAAAAAAAAUUACUAGGCAUAAGGAGAUUAAAGUUACGUAAAGUAUUUAAUAUUAUUUAUUAGUUGUUUAACAUUCUUAUUAUUAUUAUUUUUAAUGAUUACUAGGAGAAGAAGUAGAAGAAUAGUUGGAUUUAUAAUUAACCGUAACGUGCGCACUGCCGUUUUCUUCAAGGCGUAAAGUAUUAUCCGUUAUACGCGGCAAAGAACCAAAUAAUGAAAAUAUACAGAGAAGAGUUGAGACGGGAUGCAUCGGAAUGUAAAAAUAGGAAAGAAAUAAUCUCUUGAUAAACUUCACUCAAAAAGGAAAAAAAAAAUGGUCGAAUAUAUAUAUAUGUACACAAAUAAGCAAUUGAACGAUAUGGCGCAAUAAUUAUCAGUAUUCUCUUCGACGAUAAAAAGAUAAAGUUGGUAUAUAAAAAAGAAAGACAACAACCGAAAAAAACUCGCGGUUCUUGACGUUGAACGAAUGCUACGCUUGCAUGUUAAAGUGAAACAGCUGAACGAAAAAAUACAUUUAUUUGCGCUGCUGAGAGUAAAAAUAAUAAAGAAUAAUCGAAUUUAUACACAAUUGCUUACUGAAAUCGUGAAACGAGAACCAAAACGAAAGUUAAGGGGAUGUCUAAGCCUCGAAAUUAUUUUUGUUAGAUUUUCAAUUAUUUUUGUUCUAGAUUUCUAGGUUUCAACAUACUCAUAUAUGAGUUUUCAUAACUCCGACCACAAUUACUUCAGAACGGUUCGUCCGAUCAGCCUGAAAUUUGCACUGUAGCUUUAUGUCAUUACGAACUAGAUUUUUGUGAGGCAGGCUUGUGAUUCGUCGUUUCGUUUCUUAAAUACAGGUUAAAAUGUUACUUGAAAACUAGGAAACGGAUUUUUUUUAGUCCUAAAUUUCAUAUCUCUGCCAAAUUUCAAUUUAUCAAAAAUCUGUUGCAUAGAAGUCUAAAGGAUACCUUGACUGUCAAAAAGAUCCCAAAUUUUUUUAUUUCAUAUACUCUGUUCGGCCGAGAUCGUGAUCGCAGAUUUCAGCACAGAUUUUCACCGACCAGUACUAUAGUGGCUACAACUUCCAAAAUUUUGAUGCUACAGUAAACCUUCUAUUCAAAUUGAAGCAAGUCCGGGAUUUUAACCGUAUUUUUCAUACUUGUAUCCAUACAUGUCCAUUAAUGCUAUACUGUUCUGAAAAGUAUUAACAUUUUAUUGAGCUCAAGGCUUAGGUACCCGCUUAAGUAAGGGGAUAUUUUAAACCGAUAAUUUAAUUAUACACGUGCAAAAGAUUUGGUAUCCUCGAGUAGAUGAUGAAUAAAUAAAGAAUUAAAUAAGUAAAUGAAAAACAGGAAAUGAUAAUAACAAUAAUACUUCGUUCAAGUUGUAAAAUUUGUCGAUAAUCAGCGGCGCACUUUCCUCUUUCUCUCCUCUUCUAACAGAGAAGCCUCCUUGAGGCAAUAAAAUAUAUCUCUUGCCUUCAUCACUACGAUGUAUGAUACACGAGUACAUGUAUAUACCUUUAUUUAUCUAUCUAUACUAUACACACAGCAUACCUAACAUUAAUGUAAAAAUGUAAAUUUUUCUAUAUUAUACUCUGUAUUAUUAUCAAUGUGUACCUCGAUACCUAUCAUUACAAUGAAAAAACAAGCUAUAAAACCGCCAAAAAACGAGAAUGAAGCAAACGAAAAAAAAAUGAAGAAGGAGAAGAAGAAAGAAAACUAUUCCUUUCUGAAAACUAUUAAUAUUGAUUAAUAAUAAUAAUAAUAAUAAUAAUAAUAGCACACAUCUCUCAGACUGUUUCUUAAACGACCUACAUACAUAAUAUAAUAACAAUAAUAAUACAAAGUUUAAAAAUUAUACUUAUACUUUAUCUAUGCGAUAAAUGAUGAAUGAUGAACCACUAUUAUAUAAAAUAAAUAAAUAAUUAAUAUUUAACCGUAUAAUAAAAAUUAAUCUAAUAAUAUAAAUCCAACAAAUAUUACAUACGUACAUAAUAUAUCUGGACAAGAAGAGGAAGAAAAAAAAUAAUUAAUGUAAUAAUAAUAUUAAUACUUAAUAAAACAAAUUGAAACUAAUCGAAGUUAUAUUCUAAAUCUAUAAGCAAUAGUUUGUAUCUAUCGACUGGUUUACACGUAAUAAUCGUACAUUCAUAGUUAUUACAUUAUUAAUUAUACCGCGGAAUCUUAUUAUAACGAAAUAGUAAUUGUAAUUUAUUAUUAUUCUUCUUACUAUCGGCAUUAUUGAUCGAUGAUAAUUAUUACUUGCACAGAAAUUUCUAAAAUCCUCUGCGUUAAUCGUGGAAAUUUAUUGCUCUAAUUACAAUAAUACGUAGCACGGAUAGCUGUUGUUCAAAGAGAGUAAUAUACAAGGAAACGAAUAGAUACCCUUCAAAGUUGAGAACAAAUCUUCAUGCAUACAUAUAUAAUAUAAAACUGAUGCAUAAUAAGGGUUUCAAUCACUCAUUCCAAAACAUAUAUACAUAAUAUAUUCUACAUUGUAUUUAAAUAUAUUGACUUAAAAUUACGUACCCUAUUCACAGAUUACAUUGAAGAAAAAUAAAGAAAAUAUUGUAGGGGGGGGGGAAUAGAUAUUAACGACAUAUUUAUAUAGCCGGUUCGUAAAUAAAUAAAUAAAUAAAUACAUAAAUAUAGCGACUAUACACGAUAUACUUUAAAUUUGAAAAGAAAUUCUGUGAUAAAAGAAAGAAAAACAAAAAAAGAAAAUCUUACCAAUAUAUAUAUGCGUACAAUGAUCUAGGUAAUUAAUAUACACAGAAUGCCUGAUCUAAAUCAUGUAUUAAUAAAUCGUAAACAAGAAAUUGAAAAAAUAAAAAAAAUAAUAUGCGCCACUCAGCACAUUGCUGCAAUAUAAUUAGAAUUAUUCUCUUUAACGGUCCCGAUACAAUCAUCGACAUCAUCAUCAUCGAUUACCUGCCGUAUUGUUAAAAUUCGUCCUUGUGUUUUCUCUUCUCGCAUCCUAAUUCAGCAUCCUGUUCAUAGAUAAUAAAUAUUAUCCAUGUUGUUUCGAGCUGCAAACAACGAGGAAUAAAAUACAAAACCUUGUUGAAGUUUUAUUAUUAUCACGCGAAGAGAUUGACUUUGUAGUAUGCAAGAGUUCUGCAAUAACUUGGGUCCAAGAAACUUUAACAAAACGGAACAAAUACAAUCGACGAUUUAUUCCUCGAUAAAUAUCUCACAGAAUAGAUAAAUACAUACUUGUUUCUCUUUUGCACAAGUUAUGUAUUGUCAUUACUAGUAAUAACAUUUCAUUCAUCGUUUCUAUGUCUGAAUUUCAGAGCUAAAAGCAAGGACUAAAAAGUACAUGAUCCUCGGGCCAUUGAAAUACCUAUCGUUUUAAAUUAUUUUUACAACAUAGAUAAUGUACACUUGUAUUAUACCUAUAUACAUAUAAUUUUAAGCUAAAACUUCACAAAUUUUUGCGUAACAGUAUUGUAUUUUUUCUCUUUUUUUUUAUGUCCCAACACUUAAAUGUAGUUUCUUUUCUAUUGUCUUAUGAUAAUAAUAACAACAUUCAAUGCGCUAACCAGUCGUCGCUGUCCGUGUUCAGUACGUGAAAGAAUGACCGACGUGUCGCUCGAUUUCGAUUUUCGCCACUCCACGAUCUUUUUGCGGCAGCUUACCGAUAAACGUGCGACUCGUCGAUCCUUCUUCUUAGUCCUGGCUACUUCUUCAGAUAUAUUUAUGCGUUGACAGAAACUGUAUUUGUAUAGUGAAUUUAGAUUCGAACUCUUCCGGCAAUAUCUUUUAAUACUAUAUCGCGCUAUGCUAUGAUAUUAUAAAUACGCACGAUUUUUCUUGUUCCUAGUGUUAUUCUUAUUACAACUGUUGUUAUUCUUAUUAUUCUUAUUCGUACGUCGAUCAAUAUAACGAUUGAGCCGGUACAUACAACAGUUACAUUAUACCAAAGGUUGAAUGAUAAUAAUAAUAAACUUCUUGACAUUUCGAACUCUA